AUUUUGUCCUCAGGAGUAACAGAAACAAUGAAUCACAUGGCGAACAUAAAAGAAAUGCUGAACACACAGUCAACAGGAUGCAGAAAUGCAGCCACCAACUUCACAGAGUCUCAGUUUUUCUUUGGAUCCCAGUUGUGGCGUGAAAAUGCUCAAAGUCUUUCUCAGGAUAUGACCUUGUCAUCCAGGAACUCCCAGCAAAGUUCACAAGAGUGUAGUGACCCAAAGAUUUCAACGCGUUACCAGUCCAAACCUCUCUUGUUUGGAGACCCAAAGGGCAACCAAACACUUUUGGAGGCAUUUGAGGAGGAAAAGAAAAAAGCAAAAGAAAAAACUGACAGUGAUAUGCUCUUAAAAGAAUGCCUUCAUAUUCACGAAACCCUAACCAAAAUCCAGCAACUCGUUGCAAACACAGAAGAAAACACAUCUGCAUGCCCCACCGUCCUGCAAAAGUUAAGCGAUUUGUCUUCAACAUUGCAAAAUGUAAGCAGUAUCCAGAGCGACAUUUCACAGCACUUUCAAACAUUAUUGAACACGGUGAACUCCCAAAAAGAAAUGAUGACAGAAUUGGGGGAACGGGUACAAAAGAAUGGAGACUGCAAUAUCGAACUCGGCGCUAACAUGAAACGUGAUGUGGAGUGUCUGAGACGGGAGCAAGAAAAAGCCACUUUGAAGCAAGAAACCAUGCUUGGGGAGGCCUUGCAAUUGCUCAAUGCCUUAGUUUCAGUACACUCGGAUAAGCGCUGUCCUGUUGAAGCAGCUGACAAAGCCAUGCAGACAUCACCAGGACAGGACAAAGGGGUUCAAACGGCACAGGAUACACCAGACAGGCAAGUUUCUGCUCCGGACUGUGUCACCAGGAAGAGAAAGAAGAAACCUACAAGUAGGUGCAGAUGGAGACCAAGAAGACCUCUGGUCCGCCACAGAUCUCAGUUCACUGUCGUGGAUGAAAACAGUCAACCGCACAUUGACUGCAGCAAAGGGCAAAAUGUUUCGUGCCCUCUUGGGGCCUCUCCUGGCCUGAGCGAAGUAAGCAGUUGCGGUCCUGAGAGUUUACUACAACCAAAUACAAAAAGCAGACCCACUAAAACUGGAGGAUGUUUCAUCACACCUCUCAGCUGCUGGUCUCAUGAGAGUAGCAACCCCGAAAGCCCCAAUAAUGUCAAUCCCGUCCCAGAGAUUGUGGUUUUGGACUCCAGUCCUCCUGAUGCUCUCUGGCAGCUGUUUGAAAUGGAUUAGGUGUGAAAUACCGUUUUGGAAACAAUGGGUCAUUGAUGAUUAUUCUCUAUUAUUAUUAUUUUUUUUCAAAACAAAGCACUUUUGUUAAAAGUCAUUUAUUUGACUGGAUAAGAAUGGUGGGUGAAGUAGUGCCUGAUGCUAAAUGCUUUUCUAUCAAGCCUUGUCAUGAUUAUAGUUUAUUCUCAAUUUCCCGUUGAUAAGAAAAACGUAACAAGUUCACUUUCGCUGCUCACAUUUGAUUUGAAAGUAUUCAGUGUUUGGACUGUUGCCUUGUCUGUUGAAAAUAAAGCAUCACUCACAGAUUUA